AUGGGCGAAAUUUCACUCGUAGGAGGAAUCACAAAAAAAACUCCAUUCAGUGCUGCACCAAUGUUUUGGCCAAAAAAACCUGAGCAAAAUGCAAUGAUACAUUUGCUUAUAUCCGAUUACAUUGCUAACGCAUUACUUUAUCAUGCUUUCUCGGAACAUUUGUUACAGUUUGUCGUGGACGAUCAAACAAUUUCAUCUUUAGGCCCGUUGCUACGUACCUCAUGUACAACUGGAAUUUGUUUUGCUGACUUGAUACCCCAAAUAGCUGAACAGUUUCCUGAUAGCAAAGUGCGACUCAUUUUCACGCCUACUCGACCUCCUGUAGUGCUAUUUCAAGCGAAACAAGGCGGUGGAUUAAUGGUUAAUAUAAACGGUUUGGUAUUCAUGUACAUUGUAGAAUCCAAUCAAAGAAGCCGUCAAGCGGCAGCAUUUACUUUGGAUAUUGUUGCAAGCAUACAUUUACAUGUGGAGAAUAAUACAUUACUUGGAAGGACAUCAGUGGAGAAUUUUCGAUUAAAAAACAAAUAUGGAUAUAUUAAUAUAAGUGAUGAUGAAUUAUCUGACAUUGCAUUACUAAGUUCCGAAAUGCUUCAACGUUUCAUCAACGAUUUUUUACGUGGUGGAUUUCCGAUACCAAUACCUAAAGUUUUACGAAUAAACAUCACUCAACUACAAAUCCUUGAUCGGAGCGUUUUCAUAUCUGCAGAUUUUGACUUAGAUCGAAGGCGUGUAAGCAACCUUGCAUUAGAAGCAUUUGCAAAUACCAAAUAUUUUCCACGUAACGUGCACAUGCGCAAUAGUUGA